ACUGAACGGACACGGACUUACCUUGCCGCUUUUCGCCGUUUGAGGCAAAGUAACAUAAACGUCAGGGAACGGGAACGAGACCGAAAAAAAAACUGGCUCGGCUAAAUUCCUGUAAAUCCCCAAAGCUUCACCCGGAGUUCGCAUAUCAAGUGGUACUUUAGUUUUAAAAUGUUCGGUGCCCCCCAGGCCGUCCCGCAUUAAAGCUUCUUUCGCUUCCGGUAUCAUCCGAAGAAACCGAGCCGCUCGCGCUCCCGCUCCUACACUUUUUUGGAAACUUUUUUUGUCUGAAGGAGGAAAAUGGGUCUUUGAGACUGUUGGCACUAUUCCCCGCUCCACAAUGGCUACCGAAACUUUUCUGGUGAAUGAAGACCCGUCCAGAGGUCCUGGGAUGCCGGAAUGCUUUGUUGUGUCUGAUUCCUACCGGGAUGAGUUCCAUCCGUUUAUCGAGGCGCUGCUGCCGCAUGUGCGUGCCUUCUCCUACACCUGGUUCAACCUGCAGGCGCGCAAGCGCAAGUACUUCAAGAAGCACGAGAAGCGCAUGUCAAAGGAUGAGGAGAGGGCAGUGAAGGAUGAGCUGCUGGGCGAGAAACCCGAAAUCAAGCAGAAGUGGGCGUCGCGUCUCCUGGCCAAGCUGCGCAAGGACAUCCGGCCCGAGUUCCGUGAGGACUUUGUGCUCACCGUAACGGGCAAGAAGCCUCCCUGCUGCGUGCUCUCCAACCCCGACCAGAAGGGCAAAAUUCGCCGCAUCGACUGCCUCCGUCAGGCUGAUAAGGUGUGGAGGCUCGACCUGGUCAUGGUCAUCCUGUUUAAGGGCAGCCCGCUGGAAAGCACGGACGGUGAGAGGCUCGUCAAAUCACCCCAGUGCACCAACCACGGCCUGUGUGUCCAACCGCAUCACAUCGGAGUCUCCGUUAAAGAGCUCGACCUCUACCUGGCCUACUUCGUCCACUCGCCAGAAUCUGGACAAUCAGAGAACUCCAACCAGCAAGGAGAAGCAGACGUCAAGCCGCCACCAAAUGGGCACUUGAGUUUCCAGGACUGCUUUGUGACUUCAGGAGUGUGGAACGUGGCCGAGCUGGUCCGCGUGUCACAGACUCCGGUUGCCACAGCUACCGGUCCCAACUUCUCCCUGGCCGACCUGGACAGUCCUGGAUAUUACAACAUCAACCUAGGUCGCCGGUCCAUCACGUCCACCCCAUCGACCAGCUCAAACAAGCGUAAGUCCAUUGAUGACAGUGAAAUGGAGAGCCCAGUGGAUGAUGUGUUCUACUCGGGCCGUUCCCCUGCGCCCGGCGGCUCACAGCCCAGUGGCUGGCCUAACGACGUGGAUGCAGUGCAGCACCAUUUGGCCAGUAUGCAGGAGAGGAAGAUUAAACAUGAGAGCGAUGGCGUGCAGUUUCCUUACCAUGGACUCUCGUCGCCUGGUUCUCUUAAGAAGCCGGGGAAAUUCGAUUUCAGCGCUCUGUCCGGCCAGACGAGGUCUGCCCGCAUGCCGUUCACCCACCACCCACUGCCCAUGCUGGCAGGAGUGAGACCAGGGAGCCCCCGUGCCUCAGCCUCAUCUCUGCACUUUCCCUCUCCCUCCAUCAUCCAGCAGUCGAGCCCUUACUUCACUCACCCCACCAUCCGCUACCACCACCACCCGGGGCAGGACCCACUCAAAGAGUUUGUGCAGUUUGUGUGUGCUGAUGGACCAGGCCAAGCUGGAGGUCAGCAUACUCCACGCCAGGCUCCACAACUCCCAACAGGUUUGUCAGCAUCGGAUCACGGGACAACAACUUUCUAAAUAUCCCCCAGCAGACACAAUCUUGGUUCCUCUGACAAAACCUGCCUGCCAACAAGCAAUUAAAAUCCUGUCACUAGAAUCUGGAAUCAGGAAAUAAAAAAAUCCCACCUAAAAUUGCCCUCUGACCCUGUUGGCCCAAAAGAACAACAAAGGAAACCAGCAAAUCUUCUUAUCAUUUGGAAUCUUCUGAUCUUGUCGACUUACGGCAAUGACCCCCUCCCCCUUUUUUAAUAAGAGGAUCACGUGACAUUUUGAAGGAGGACAUGGAGUCUCUCAAAAACCACAGAAAUGACAACAACAAAAAGCAGAAACACAAAAGAACAACCCGAGGAGGAAAAAAAUAUGAAUCUGUUACUUAUAUUGUGCAAUGGCUGAGGACAUCAACAAUGGUGAGGUUUUAAUCAAAAAAAAAAAAAAAGUAAGCAUAGUUUUAGAAAUUCUUGGGACAUCAAAUAAUCGAGAUGUUAACCAUCCUGACAUCUAGCAUGGAGUUGAAGCGAAAGCCAGCUAAUCGUCCCUUCUGACACCAUUUGUAGUUCAGUGUAGAAAUUGUAACAACAAUGACUAAUCGAAAACACAAUCAAGCAAAAUAAAAGCUAAAGUAUUGCACUAGAACAAGAAAAGUACGGAAAAUAAAACACUACUCUCGUGUCCGCUAUUGAGAAUAGGAUCGACAGAGAAAGAAAAAAAAUGUUUGCACACAAUCUUUUGAAGUAAACGUUUAAGUGGACAUCACACACUAAAGUUAAUGUUGGAUAUAAGUCAACAGUCAUAGAGGACAGUCCCUCAUUUUAGGCUGAUGUAGGAAAACACGCUACGAUCUAGACAAAAACUACCUUUGGAGUCUGUCCAAACAAAAAAAUCUAAUUCAGGCCUUAUUCUCGCCCUUAGUGCCAAUUGAAUGCUGACUGUAAUCCCUUUGGGUAAUGCCAACCCUAAUACACAUAAUAACACACACGCACUUAAAUUCACUGCCAUGUCUCUGAGCUGCUACUUAAAAUGCUCACUUUAAAAAAAAAAAAAAGAAAAGAAAAAAAAAGCCUUACUGUCUCUCGAGACAUUCUAGGACAUCGAUUUAUAUUAAAGUUUAUUAUGUUGUCAUUAGUUGUAUUGAAGGGCACAUUAGGUCCCAUGAAAGAAAAGCCUUCCUCCUAUCAUCAGCAGUUCAAAUCCCAAUGAUGCCACAGCCGUCCAGGGCCAGGAAGUCCAAUAGAGCUACGUUGGCCGUGCUCUCUGGGUGGGAGAGAUGGAAUUACUCUCUCCACUAUCAGUGUGACACUGACCAGAAGAAAGCAGUUAGCACUUUCCCCUGUGUGUUUUCAGCUGCCCUGUGGCGUAGCAUGAGCAGCAUUUCAAGAUAGAUAUGGUGGCUUCAUGUGUCUUGGAGGAAGCAUGUGAUAUGAAGCCUUCACCCACUCUGGUUGGUAGCUGUUGAUUGACAGGGGAAAUCUAGUACAUGGGAAUUGGCAAAUGUCAAGAUUUGGGGAAAAUUGGGUAAAAAUCCAGCAUCCACACCACCACCAAGUCCUGAACAUUAGAGUUUAAUUUUUAUGCAGGAUUUGUGAUGGAACCAGGGGUGGCAACAUCUAUAUUAUCUCUUUCACAGGUUUGACUGAUACUGUAAGCAGCCAGUCACAUCAACUCUCCACUAACUGUUUGAAACGAACCUUUACAAAAAUGUGAUGGCUUUUCUUUACUCCAUUGGCUAUAUCAUGCCCUGAAAAUCUCAUUGUGGCAUGCUGUUCAUAAGAAACUGGUGUACAUUAGUGCGUAUAUAGGAAAGUACAUCUGAUUGAAUAGCUUCAAGGUUCUCAAGUUUGUGACCAGAAAAGUGUACGAAACAUAGACACUCUGUCAGCAGGUGGAGCAUUGGCGGCUUUAAAAUGUGUCAGACACCUGGUUCCGUUCACUGCCAUUCUCAAGAAUGAUGAGUUUUUCCAUCAAAAACCACUUAGUGGACAUCUAUUUUAAUGGCCGGUAGAGACGCCCUCAUCCUCUCUGUACUGUUUACUCUCCCAGACGGCUAUGUUCCAAGAACGUAAGGCCGUGCCGUGGAGCAAAAGAGUGUUGUAGUUGUGCUCAGAAGGAGAGGGGUAUGUAAUGGCCAUUUAGAGCAGACGUUUCUUCAUCUGCUUUGUUCACAUCCUGUUUAGUGAUUCAAAAAAUUUAUUAAAGGCAGAACGCUCAGAGCAUGGCCUCAAACUCUCAUACACACACACACAGAUACACAACUGCACACAACACCUUUCACUGACUGAUUUAAAGGGAAGCCUUGGUUUAACAUAGGGCAAUCCUAAUCUGCCUUUACAUAGUCAUGCUGAAAUUGUCAUAAAUCCGCUUGUUUUAAACAUCAAUUUAAUUUUUAUCCACAUUAUUUGAAUCACUGAACUCACAAAAUAACUGGACUGCCAGAUUCUGUGUCUCACUGCAGGGAAGCGUGGUUGCCGAAAGGCGGCCAUGUCAUCAGCGUAGUAGAGGACUAGCAUUGCUAAAUGAGAAUUAAUGAUGGCGAUGGACUUUUCUUUUCUAAUCAAUGGAAGUGCCUCUGUAUUCCCAUUAUGCAAUUUGUUAAACAUGAAUUCAGGUUAUUUUCUCACAUAUAAGCUAUAGAGGAAGAAAUUUUUAUGUCUGGAGCAAAACAAGUGGCAAGUGACAGCUCACUAAUUACAGACAUCUUUAUAUAUACAGGAGAUAUCCAUAUAUAUUUAUAUAAACAUUUUUUUGUUCGCGUAAUAAGCUCAGUGGCAGUCUAGUUAUUUUCUGAAGAAUGGCAGCAUUACGAUUAAUAAACGAGUUAUUUUUCACUAGUACCAGUCUCAAAACCCAGUUAUAAACUCAACAUAGGAAAAGCCCAACAAGCAAAGUCCCUGGAAAAUAAAAAAAUAAGAAAAAAAAUAAAUAGAAAAUGUAUUUCUAUAGUAAACAGUAUCAGUAGUGUUGAGGAGAAAGAUGUGGCUUUUGAGUUCUUUUGUGUUUGGAUGGGAAGUAUUUGUAAUUGAAAAAUAAUGUAUGUUGAUUGAGCCAUGUGCAAUGCCUUGGGUAGAGAAAUGUGUUUGUCUGUUAGAUUGUUAGAGGGUGUGAUAGAAGAGGGGGAAAAAAAUACCCUUCUGUUAUUGUUUCAAGUCCAAAAGGUCCGGGACUCUAAACUACAGGGCGGAGAGAGAAAAAAAAAAAAAGUCUUUGUAAGUUUUGGGAGUUUUUUAAAAUCUUUCUUUCUUUUUUUUAAUAGCCGUUUUUUUUUUUUUUCCUUUUUUAAUGUUUAUUUGUAAUGAUUUGUUCUCAAAACUUGGGAGGGCUGAAGAAACAGUUUUGCAACACAUCAAAAAAUAUAUAUAUCACUAAAUGAAACUGGUGCUUUUUAUGGAAUACAGUACAUUCAAACUCUAUUAUACAUAAAUAAAAAAAAACAAGUAAGUGUUAUCAUAACACAAAAAUUUUAGGAAAAACAUGCAUACUCUAUUUCUUGUUUAGAAUUUAGUAAAGGGGGAGGGGUUCAUUUUAGUCAAAAAGGCAUUUUUCUCCCAACGGAAGGUGGAUAAAAUCCAAAAGCGCUGACAAAACACACGCAGUCCUGAGAAGGAAAAUCUAAACAUGAAUUAUUGUUUACAGUGUAACGUUGAGACAGAAGAAAUGCACUAUGUAUUUGGCAGCCAUAAUUUCACGCUUUACUAACCAUGACAGUACAUAGUCAGUUCUGUUCAAUACAUUUUCCUAUGAGAAGCAAGUGCAAUGUUGGCUUUUGUACACAGAGAUUAAAAACAAAUCCAAACUGCAUGACAAGAUCUUCCCUUUUCUUGGGAGAUGCUUCCAACCAACAUGAUCACCCUUGAAAAUUGUCAGUACAGCAGAAACGAGACCUUUUCAUUGGUAGCUGUUGUUUAUUAUUAGAUUCCCAUCCUACGAUAAAUACUCGCGCAAGCCGAUCUGAACAUUAUUUUAAUAAAUAGAGCUGAAAAAUUUACAAAGUGAACCCCACCCCCUCUCCUAAACCAACACCCCCUCCUGGUCCCAAUGUAAAUUACUCUAAACUCUAAAUAUUUGUUUUGUGAUGUAGUGUUAGACUCAGAGCAUCUUCAAGGUUGUCCCUAAAAAAGUGCCUUUGUUCACAGACUCCAUCUUGUAAUCCUCAGUGCCCGUCUCAGAAACCCCACCUUUCAACCCGCUUCUAUAUUCUCUCCUUCUUCAAGCUCUUCAAAGCAGUAUAUAUAGUACUAAAGGAAAUCGGUGUGACUUAGUUCCUCUUUUUAUUGUUGAUGCUAAAAUUGAAGAAAAAAAAAAAGACAAAAAAAAAAAAGUCCUUCCUGUCUUGCUUUUCCUUCCUCUGUACUCCUUUCCUUGUCUUCUGCCUCUCUUGGACACUGGAAUAGUCUGUAGUCGCAUAACCAUCUUCUUUCCUGCCCUUCCCCAUUUUCAUUGAAUGGAGGGGUUUUUAAAAGAAAAAAAAGAAAAAAAAAAGAAAAAACUUUUUGUCUGAGCAGAAUGCAGUUAGCUUACAUGUUAUUCUUGUCUGUAUGCUUCACAUUGUAUACCAUACCGAUCUCUUCAGCUUCUCCAUUGAACAGUUAAUGUAAGUGAACAAGUUACACCAGUGGGCUCUGGCGGGAUGUCAAUCAAAGGGUGUAUGAAGGGGAAAAGGUUCCACCAUGGAGCAGUUGAUCAUAUUUUAGUGAAGGAAGAAACUGGUUGAUGUAGGGAGUCCUCUUAAAUGGUGGUGGAAGGAAUUUAGGCUGCUGGGUUACAAUAGGUUUGUGACUUGUUUUGACUGUAUUUAUUUGCUUUGUUGUUAUUUUUUUUACCAAAAUUAAUUUUUUAUCUUUUUUUUUUGCAAUAUUGCAUAUUUAGGUGGCACCAAUGCCACACUGAGAAUUUUUAUACUGUAGAUGAUGCACCUUUGCAAUGGUUAUACGAGACCAGCUACUUAAACACUUGGAAGAAAAAUGACCUGAAAUUACUAAGCACCUUAUUACGGAAUGGGUUCAGCAAUGGAUGAGAGACAGAUUCAGAAAUUUGGAAGAGAAAACAAAAAAAGAUGCAACCGAGAUUCCAGUUUAGUCUGCAAUUAUGAGCCAAGCCCCUCAGACCAAACUGACAAGCUGCAUGCCAUCAAACCUGAACUGUAGUGAUAAUUAAGAUGCCUUGAAAAUCAUUAAUGCACCAGCAAAAGAAUAAUCUCAGGCCUACAAAUCACAGCCUGAUUGUCGUCCCACAUAAAUAUGCAAACUUUUCCUAAGUACAUGAAGCCAGCAACAAUAUCAGCCAUGAUUACGAGAGACGAGAUUACAAGAGAGAGGGGGGGAAAAAAAAAAGCCAUAGUGUAUGAGAGUAGAGACAGAACUCUCCCAGGGCCUUGUCCCUUCCUGGCGCUGACCAUCCGUCUUUUAAACUUUUUAUGUUUCUUGGUAGAGUGUGUAGGGUGUUGGGAUAAGUGAUAAGCUUAGAGUAGAUCGAUUUCCCAGCAGCCUUUGCCCUGGCCCGUAGCUUCUUCACUAACCCUAAAAAGCUAUUGCCCUCUUUAUAGACAUGCCCUCCAGAGCUCAUGGUGAAAUGCAUGUGUUAAUUACAAUUUCUUUUCCAUAAUAAGAAAAACAGUUUGAAAAGAGCAGCACCUUUAACUGAUUGAAUAAAAGGAUGUUCUUGACUGUAAAAA